CAUUUAAAGUUAUUACAAAAUAAUGGUUAUAUUUCUCCGUGCUGUGCAGAACGUUUCUUGGCCAAGGUGGACUCCGGGAAUGUCCGCCUGCGCAGCUGUGGGAACUACACUACCCAGAGGGCAAUGCGCCCAAUGGUGGCGGAGUUGAGCCAAUGAAAGCCCAGGGCAGAGGUACUUCCGUGCGUGGGCUUCGCUUCGGGGCGGGAUUUCUGGCGUCUUCCUUGUGGCGGUCAUUUUGGCCUUUCUCAGGUCGGGUCGCCCACUCAGAGGCUCGGAGCCAGGGGUCUUAAAAGAGAAGGCGUCAGAGGCCUCCACAGAGGCAGAUCCAUGGCUUGGCGGUGGCGCACCUCGGGGUGACCCGUAACAGGCUGAGAUCGGGACCUCCACGCCUCACAGACUCCGCUUCGUCCACAGACUCCGAUGGCGGCGGCGGCGCUGAGGGACCCGCCUCAGGGUAUGAAAUUUGAGGAUGUGGCCAUUGACUUCUCCCAGGAGGAGUGGGGGCUCCUUGAUGAGGCUCAGAGACUCCUGUACUACAAUGUGAUGCUGGAAAACUUUGCACUUGUAGCAUCCCUGGGUUGUUGCCAUGGAACAGAAGAUGAGGAGGCCCCUUCUGAGCAGAGUAUAUCUGUAGAAGGAGAGUCACAGGUUAGGGCUUCUAAGGCAGGUCCAUCCACCCAGAAGACCCACCCCUGUGAGAUGUGUGUCCCCAUCUUAAAAGAUAUUUUGCAGCAAGCUGAGCACCAAAGAGUAUACCCUUUGCAGAAACCAGACUUGGGUGGCACAUAUGUGAGAUGCUUCUGUUUCAUUGCAAACCUUCGCCAGCAGCAGAAGCAUGACAGUGGAGAGAAGCCCUGGAAGAGAGAUGUGGACAGGGCCUCGCUUGUGAGGAGCUGCAACUUCUUUGUGCCAGGGAAGCCUUUCACCUGUGGGGAGGUUGGGGAGGACUUCCCAGCCACCUUGGGCCUUCUCCAGCACCAGGCCACACCCAACAGUGAGGAACUACAGAGUGGCAGCAAGAGUGGACAGGCCUUUCACAGUGAAAAAAGUCAUUACAAGUGGGGUGAAUGUGAAAAAGUUGCCAGCCACAGCCACACACUUGUUCAAGAUAAAAGUGUCCACUCUAAAGAAGGGCUUUAUGAGUGUAACAAAUGUAGGAAAGCCUUCAACUGCAACUACAGACUUGUUCAGCACCAGCAAAUUCACACUGGACAAAGACCAUAUGAGUGUGGUGAAUGUGGGAAAUUCUUUAGCCAUAUCUCUGGCCUUGUUAAACACCAGAGAAUUCACAGUGGUACAAAGCCUUAUGGAUGCAGAGAACGUGAAAAAUUAUUUACCCACAACUUUAGUCUUAGAAAACACCAGAAAAUUCACACUGGAGAAAGGACUUAUGAAUGCAGUGAAUGUGGAAAAGUCUUCAGUCACAAAUCCAAACUCAUUCACCACCAGAGACAACACACUGGAGGAAUGCAUUUUGAGUGUGGUGAGUGUGGGAAAUUCUUUAGCUACAAAUCCAACCUCAUUGAACACCAGAGAGUUCACACUAAAGAAAGACCUUAUGAGUGCAGUGAAUGUGGGAAGUCCUUUAGACAAAGUUCUAGCCUUUUCCGACACCAGAGAGUUCACACUGGAGAAAGGCCUUAUGAGUGCAGUGAAUGUGGGAAAGCCUUUAGACAAAUUUUUAAUCUCAUUCGACAUGGUAGAGUUCACACUGGAGAAAUGCCUUAUGAGUGUAGCGAAUGUGGGAAAUCUUUUAGCUGCAAAUCUGAACUCGUUCAACACCAGAGAAUUCACAGUGGAGAAAGGCCUUAUGUGUGCAGUGAAUGUGGGAAGUCCUUUAGACAGUUCUCUAACCUCAUUCGACACCGGAGUGUUCAUACUGGAGAAAGACCAUAUGAGUGCAGUGUUUGUGGAAAAUCCUUUAGUCGCAAAUUUAUCCUCAUUCAACAUCAGAGAGUUCACACUGGAGAAAGACCUUACGAGUGCACUGAAUGUGGAAAAUCUUUUACCCGCAAAUCUGACCUCAUUCAACACCAGAGAAUUCAUACUGGCACAAGACCUUAUGAGUGCAGUGAAUGUGGGAAAUCCUUUAGACAACGCUCUGGGCUUAUUCAGCACCGGAGAAUUCAUUCUGGAGAAAAGCCUUAUGAAUGUGGGGAAUGUGGGAAAUCCUUUAGCCAAAGUGCUAGCCUCAUUCAACAUCAGAGAGUUCACACUGGGGAAAAACCAUAUGAGUGUAAUGAGUGUGGGAAAUCAUUUAGCCAAAGUUCUAGCCUCAUUCAACACCAGAGAAGGCACACUGGUGAGAGGCCUUAUGAGUGCAGUGAAUGUGGGAAACUCUUUACCCACAAAUCUGACCUCAUUCAACACCAGAGAGUUCACACGGGAGAAAGACCCUAUGAAUGUAGUGAAUGUGCGAAAUCCUUUAGCCGCAAACCUAACCUCCUCAGACACUGGAGAGUUCAUGCUGGAGAAAAGCCUCAUGAGUGUGACGAAUGUGGAAAAUUAUUUAGCAACAAAUCCAACCUCAUUAAACAUCGGAGAAUUCAUACUGGGGAAAGGCCAUAUGAGUGUAGUGAAUGUGGGAAAUCCUUUAGUGAAAGCUCUGCACUCCUUCAACACCGGAGUGUUCACACUGGAGAAAGGCCUUAUGAGUGCAGUGAGUGUGGGAAAUUCUUUACCUACCACUCCAGUCUUAUAAAACACCAGAGAGUUCACUCUGGAUCAAGGCCCUAUGAGUGCAGUGAAUGCGGAAAAUCCUUUACUCAGAACUCUAGCCUCAUUGAACACCAUAGAGUUCAUAGUGGAGAAAGGCCUUAUAAGUGCAGCGAAUGUGGGAAAUCUUUUAGCCAAAGCUCUGCACUUCUGCAACAUCGGAGAGUUCACACUGGAGAAAGGCCUUAUGAGUGCAGCGAAUGUGGGAAAUUCUUUACUUACAGCUCCAGUCUCUUGAAACACCAGAGAGUUCACACUGGAUCAAGGCCUUAUGAGUGUAGUGAAUGUGGGAAAUCCUUUACUCAAAACUCCAGCCUCAUUAAACACAGGAGAAUUCACACUGGAGAAAAGCCUUAUGAGUGCAGCGAAUGUGGGAAAUCUUUUAGCCAUAGCUCCAGCCUCAUUAAACACCGAAGAGUUCACACUGGUUAAAGGCCUGAUGAGUGCUGUGAAUGUGGGAAAUCCUUUACCCAUAGGUCCAACUUCAGUGACCACUAGAGUGUUCAUAUUGGAGAAAGGCUUUAUGUGCACUUGAAUGUGGGAAAUUCAUCUCCAGACUCCUAAAACACCAUAGUGUCACAUUGGAGCAAAGCCUUAUGAGUAUGGCAGAUGGGGAAAAUCCUUUGGCCAAAGUCUAGCCUCAGUACACUCCAGAGAAUUCACAGUGGAGAAAGGCCUUAUAACUUAUAAAUUCAGUGAGUGUGAGAAAGCCUUCCGCUGAAGAACAUACCUCAUGGGAUACCACAGAUUUCAAAUGGGAGAACUACCUUCAAUGUGCACGUAUAUACGAUUUCUUUGUUCAGUGCAACAACACAGGAGGAGAUCCCUUAUGAAGAUGCCAUUUGCCUGUAUUGAACCAGAUACAUCCAAACAUCCACUUAAAUUCCAGGUAUGUGGGAGCUGCAUUGCACUUUUUAACCUGUCCAGGGCCCUUGCCAGAUUUAUGUCACCACCAGUUCUGUAGCAGAAGUCAUUUCACCUCUAACCACCUGGCAGAUGCCCAUAGUGUGCAACAUUCACCCAACCUAGGAAGGAAACCCCAGUGCUCUCCCACUUGCGGGAUGAUUCAUGAGUAGCUUGAACACUUAGUCUUUCCCAGUUUUUUUUCCUCCCUUAUGAGUUAAAUCAUGGACCUUACCCAGUUUUGGCCUAGAGGACUCCGUUGGUGAUUUGAAAAGAUGGACUACAUUUUUCAUAAUAUUAUUGAUCUCAUGAGACUCUAGUGAUGGGAUUUUCCAGCCUCCAAGUCACUAGCCUGGGGAACAGUCUGCCUCCCAUUGCUCUUGUUUGUAUAAUAAUAAAGGUCUUAUUGUUUAAGA